GUGUAAUCAAGCUCGCUGUUCCCGGUUUUUUCGACCGGGGAUUCUGCUGCUGUAGUCUACGCGCUGACGAUCUCGCCGUAACUGGAGAGAUCGGGAUGUUGCCAGAAGCGAUCUCGUCGCCGCGGAUGAGGUUAAUAAGCAACGUAAUCGGCGUAAUCGCGGUCCGAUAAACGAACAGCGAGUGAGUGAGCAAUUCGGUGAAAUAUUUCGUAAAAGCCGCACGGAUUUGCACCGACAUUGAUAAAGAACGAACGAGCGGUUUGCGCGAUUCCGCGAAGUGGUGAUACGGUGCACCGGAGAUUCUGUGUGCAAUUGUUUAAUCGGCGGACGAUGAGAGGAACGUCAGACCUGAUGAGAAGAAGCGUGCCGAGUUUCGGAUAGUCGACCUCUACGCCACAUGCCAGAUGAAAGGGCAGAUUGCGUUUCGAGUAGCUACGUUUCGCGAGCUGGAUUCUCCGCCGCGAUAAAAGUGAGAAGAGGAGCUUUCGCGGUCCGUCGAAACUGGUCUCCUCCGAAGAGCAGCGUCCUCAAGUCGCGGAGCACAUGAAGAGCUUCAACUGCGAUUUCAUGAGCGAGGACAGGGCGGUCUCGAUGGCGAACGGUGGCCACGGCGUCGUCGUGAACGGGGUAGGUGCUCCCGUCUCGGGCACCUUGUCGAGGGAGGAGAGACGCAGGAGAAGAAGAGCUACCCAGAAAUAUCGAACCGCACACGCCACGAGAGAGAGGGUCAGAGUGGAAGCCUUCAACUUGGCGUUUGCGGAAUUGCGGAAGUUACUGCCAACCUUGCCGCCGGACAAGAAGCUCUCCAAGAUCGAGAUCCUUCGGCUUGCAAUCUGCUACAUCGCUUACCUGAAUCACGUCCUGCAAGCUUGAGCUUCCUUCAUCGACCGAAGAGAAACACGGAAAUUCAUCGUUGCUCAGAGAACUCAACUCGAAUGACCGCAUAAACGCGCGAUAUUGACGCCGAGUUUGCGACUGCUAUAUUUAUCGCCAUGCACCCGUCGAUACUUUCGAGCCUGUUCGAUGCUGAGGAUUAGUGAGCCACCUCGGAACAAUGGAGCAAGCAAUUCUGCCACCCAUGGGACUUCUGCCCCUUCGCGUUCUUCCAAAUUCUCUUACCCUCUACAAUCGUCGUCGUCGUUGUUGUCGUCGUCAUUUGGCCGGGUAUGCCCGAUCGCCGGCGAUUAUAGGGCUUCAGCUAAGUGAAAAAGAAUGGAAUUGCCGAGAAGGCCAACUUCACGGAUCGUCGCCUCUUGGAUUCGCUCGCACUUCUCGUUUCCCGUCGUUCUGUUAUUUCUUUCGGACACGAUCGCGCAAUUCGAUCUCGCUCUGAGGUCCAUGCGAGUCUGAUUGAUUAUCUUGCAAACGAUAUUGGUUCUCUGUCUGCUCCCCUGUUUGAAAAACGAGAACCAAGGAAAUAAAAUAAAUGGAUAGAUUAGAACAGAAGGAAGCUUCCUGUGAAAUAGAACUCGAACUGUGAAAUAGAACUCUAAACUCAGACUGGGUGUGUUUGAAUUUAAUCAUCUCUCCC